UACAAGGGCUUGGCCUGGUGGUUACAAGCAAAGUUAAGAAUGAGCCUGAUUGGUCAUUACUAAAGACCUGUAGGUUGUGAAUGUUGUAUAGAAAUGCCUACUGCUUUCAAGGUUAAAUCCCUUUCCCUCCUCCGAAACUUGUUUUCUUGUUGCAGCCUAAAGAUAUUCUUGGGCUGUGGAUGUAGGCUGAUUUUUCUCAAGGAUGUUGCUGCUGCUUUGGCUUUAGGGCUAAUGCUUUCUUUUUACUAGGCAUCUCUUCUGCUCUCAUCAGUUGGAUUUUAAAAUGUGCAUUGUUUUAUCAAAAUGUUUUCUUGGGUUGCUUAUAAGGUCAUGAAGGCCCAUCCGUUUCAAUGGUGCAGCUUUCCCAAUCUCCUUUCCGUUGCCCGUCGCCUUCAGGCCACUCGGAAGGGGGGGAGGACAAGAGCAUGAAGCCGGCCAAGCAGCAGGUGACGCCUGGCCAACCUGAGGAGAACCAGCCUCCCCUGAGCCCCCUGCAGUCUUCUCUGAAUUCUGCUGCCACUCCUUCACAGGCAUAUGAGACUUACAUUGAUAAUGGACUUAUCUGUCUCAAACACAAGAUCAGGAAUAUUGAGAAAAAGAAGCUCAAACUUGAAGACUACAGGGAUCGCCUGAAGAAGGGAGAAGCCCUCAAUCAGGACCAGUUGGAGGCAGUGGAGAAAUAUGAUGAAGUGGUACACAACUUGGAGUUUGCCAAGGAGCUUCAAAAGACUUUUUCUGGACUUAGCCAAGAUCUGCUGAAAGCACAGAGGAAGGCUCAGAGACGGGAGACUAUGAUGAAGCUUGAAGCAGAGAAGAAAAAGCUGCGUACAGUACUGCAAGUCCAGUAUGUGCUGCAGAACUUCACUCAAGAGCAUGUUCAGAAAGAUUUCAAAGGUGGCUUGAACGGUGCAAUAUAUUUGCCUUCUAAAGAGCUAGACUACCUCAUUAGAUUUGCAAAACUGACAUGCCCAGAAAGAAGUGAGGGCCUGAGUGUUGAAGACCAGAUGGAGCAAUCAUCACUCUACUUUUGGGAUCUUCUGGAAGGCAAUGAGAAAGCUGUGGUUGGAACAACGUAUAAACACAUGAAGGAACUGUUAUCCAAACUCUUAAACUCUGGAUAUUUUGAAAAUAUUCCUGUGCCUCGCAACAUGCAAAUAAAAGAGGAAUUGGAAGAGGAAGUAAUAAGAAAAUCUGAGAGAACAAGACCGUUGCCAAAAGGAGAGUCUGUCAAAGAGCCAGAAUCCCUUAUGAAGCUUUUGCAGUCCGAGAUACAGCCACAAGAGUUUCUCAACAGGCGCUAUUUGCCUGAAGCAGAAUGUUCUGUCAAGAAGCCUGAAGAAUGCAAACCUUGGGAAGCUGAGUACACCAGAAAGCAAGAACCUCCAAAAUCCUGGGAAAUGCUUGUUGAUAUAGAAGAACAAGAACAGAAGAAGCAGGAAUCUCUAAAGCCUUGGGAAUCUUGUGGUAGGCAUCAGGAACAGAAGAAGCCGGAAUCUCCAAAGCUCUGGGAAGCUUGUGUUAAGGAAGAAGAGGGACAGAAGCAGGAGUCUUCGAAGCCAUGGGAAACUAGUGUCAGGGAGGAAGAACACAAAAAGCAGGAGACUCCAAAGCCUUGGGUAAUGCACGUUAAGGAGGAACAGGAUUCCCCAAAACCUUGGAUAGCAAAAGUUAGGGAAGAGCAGGAACAGAGGAAGCAGGAAUCUCCCAGACUAUGGGCUGCAAAAGUUCGGGAAGAGCAGGAACAAAGGAAGCAGGACUCUCCAAGACCUUGGGCAACAAAAGUUAAGGAAGAGCCAGACCAAAAGCCAGAAUCUCAAAGACCUUGGGUAACCCGUGUUAGGGAGGAACCAGAACAAAAGAAGCAGGAACCUGUGAAGCCUUGGGGAAUGCAUAGUAGGGAGGAACCAGAACAAAAGAAGCAGGAACCUGUGAAGUCCUGGGAAACGCGUGUUAGGGAGGAAUCAGAACAAAAGAAGCAGGAACCUGUGAAGUCCUGGGAAACGCGUGUUAGGGAAGAAUCAGAACAAAAGAAGCAGGAACCUGUGAAGUCCUGGGAAACGCGUGUUAGGGAGGAAUCAGAACAAAAGAAGCAGGAACCCGUGAAGCCUUGGGUAACCCAAACUAGGCAGGAAUCAGAACAAAAGAAGCAGGAACCUGUGAAGUCCUGGGAAACAUCUGACAGGCAGCAGCCAGUAUCAUCGCAGCAGUUACAGAAUACUCCCAAGUCCUGGGGAGCUGCAAGUCUUGUGCCAAAGGAGCAGAUUGGGCCAAAGAAGUUUGAUAUGGAACCCAAAGAUGAUGGAAAAACAGAUGGAUUAAGUGGUGGACAUGGCUUUGAUGCAGUAAGAAAAAAGGAGGCCCUCCAAUCAGUCGGAGAGAGUUUUAAACUACCUAGGAGUCUCCAAAGCAAUGUACAGGUGCCUAAACCUGGACAUCAGUCAGCUGCAGAAUUUUGCUCUACUUCUACUCUUCCAAAGGAUCCUAUACUAAGGAGGGAAAAACUGCAGGAUUUGAUGACUCAGAUACAAGGGACUUACAACUUCAUGCAGGAGUCCAUUCUGGAUGUUGAUAAAGCUUCACCAAGUGCUAUUUGUUCAUCCCAGCCACCUUCAGUAACUCCAGCAGGUAGCCCUGUAGCUUCUAAAGAACUGAAACUGCCAAGUCAAAAUGACUUUCUUCAACAGCCACCGCAGGCUGCUGCUUCUCCCAUGACCCUGCAUGGCUCAAAUACUUCCUUAGCAUCUGCUGAUCACGCUCUUUCUGGUUCCGAAACAGAUGAUCUUAUGACACCACAGACACCACAGACAUCAGAACCACUUUCUCAAGAGACUGAGAAUUAUACUUCAUCUCCGCCACCUUAUCAGACGAGCCCCUGCAUAUCUGAGCCAGUAAUAUCCAAAAAGAUUGAAAUUGCCCAGGCAACUAUUCCCCUGCCAAGAGAGCCACAGUCACCACUGCCUACUUCAAGCACCUCUAUGUCACAGGGGCAAACCUUUCAAUCUCCUCCAGCGAGCAGCAGUUCUGUUACCAUAAAUGCAGCUCCCUUUCAGGCUAUGCAGACUGUAUUUAAGGUGAAUGCACCCCUGCCUCCACGUAAAGAGCAGGAAAUAAAAGAUGACUCCUCAUACUCUGCAGGAUAUAACCAGAGUUUUUCUACAGCAAGUACACAAACUCCUCCUCAAUGCCAGUUGCAGUCCACUCAUGUUGCAGAGCAAAACUCUCUUUCACAAGAAACUUUGCCAACAGUUAAUUACCAACCUGAUGGAGCUGUUCCUGUAAGCAAUGGUAGCCUUGCCUUUUAUCCAGCACAGACUGUUUUCACCAGACCCACUCAGCCUUAUCUCAAUAGUCGUGGAUCUGUUAGAGGAUCUGCCAGAGGUGGGAGAUCACUGACCAAUUCAUAUCGUUCCCCUGGUGGAUACAAAGGUUUUGAUGCUUAUAGAGGAUCCCCGUCAAUACCUAAUGGCAACUACAGUCAGCUGCAGUUCGCUGGUAGAGAUUAUCCUGGAAUUCCAUAUUCUCAAAGGGAUGUUAAUUACCAGCAAUGCUAUAAACGAGGAGGAGUAACCAGUGGUCCUCGAUCAAACUCAAGAGCAGGAUGGAGUGAUUCUUCUCAGGUGAGCAGUCCAGAAAGAGACAAUGAAACCUUUAAUAGUGGGGACUCUGGGCAGGGAGACUCCCGCAGCAUCACCCCUGUUGACAUGCCAGUGACAAGCCAAGCUGCCACCAUACUACCAGUGCACGUUUAUCCCCUCCCGCAGCAGAUGAGAGUUGCCUUUUCUGCUGCAAGAACAUCUAACUUGGCCCCUGGAACUCUAGAUCAACCCAUUGCAUUUGACCUUCUGCUGAAUAACCUUGGAGAAACUUUUGAUAUUCAGCUUGGUAGGUUUAAUUGUCCAGUGAAUGGCACCUAUGUCUUCAUCUUCCACAUGCUGAAGCUGGCUGUGAAUGUUCCACUAUAUGUAAACCUUAUGAAGAAUGAAGAAGUCCUAGUGUCUGCAUAUGCUAAUGAUGGGGCUCCAGACCAUGAAACAGCCAGCAAUCAUGCUGUCCUACAGCUUUUCCAAGGGGACCAGAUCUGGUUACGUCUGCAUCGGGGCGCUAUCUAUGGAAGUAGCUGGAAAUAUUCUACCUUUUCAGGGUACCUCCUGUAUCAAGACUGAAAUGAGUGUAAUGUUUACAAAAAAGCUUCUCCAAACAAAUUGGUGGAGGUGGUGGGGAACUAGCUUUGCACUUAAUACCGAUUUCAUAGAAAUAUAGUUCCAUUAUCUGGGAGAUGGUGGUCCUGUUAUGCAAGGUGAAAUCCUGGAUUGGGUUACUGAAUCAGCACUAAUAUGGCACUUUAUCAAUUGUGAUGUAGCCUUGCUAGUUAAGCUGUGAAUGUAUAUUGUUUGCACUUAUCCUUUAACUGUAUUGAUGUCCAGCUUACUACACUACUGAUAUAAUUGCCUCAAGUAUGGGCUAUUCACAAUGCCUUGUUGUGCCUCAAUAAAACAAAUUAAUAUGCA